GUUGGUGGAGCUGAUGAUUACCUCCCAUAGCUACCUAUAAAAUGCAGGCAGGCGUUCGUUCAUGGGUGUUGAACCACUCUGGAAGCUGCCCAGGCGGAGGUUCCAAUCGGCGCCAAGCCCGACCUUCGGAAUAACGGUAAUUGCGCCUUUAGUCACGCUAACCAAAAAUCAAUCGCUUCUCAAGUCAGACAGGACAGCUUUGUGCAACUACUCGUACCCGCGCAAAACAGCGCUCUCCUUCACACUUCUCCUGGCGCAUCACCAGUAAGGUGGCCUUCGAAAUCCGCAUCGUAAUCGAAUCACCACGUAGUAUACCACGGCUGUACGCCCACCGCAGUCAAGAUGGCGCCAAAAAUGACCAAGAAUCAGAUGAGGCGCGCGAAGAAGAAGGAGCAGAAGAAGGCACAGGUGAGCUUUCACUUUCCACCAUCGUAUCAAGUGUCCUAACCGCGUCGCAGGUGGAUCCAGCACCAGAACCAGAGGUAAAGCCAGAGCCAGCACCCGAGGAAAGCUCAACCGCAGUAGCGGAGCCAACCAAGGAAGAGCUAGCUGAGGUCGAAAUUAGUGAAGAUGAUCCCAAUUACGCCAUGUACAAGGAGAUCUUAGAAAGAUUCGGCGCAAAUGAUGCAGAGAACGAGGAAGCCGACGCGCCGAAGAAUACAGAUAAGGGAGAGGUCAUUUGGGCCGACGAUGACGAGAUACCCGACGAGGACGAUGAAGGAGAGAAGGAGCAAAAACUUUCAAAGAAAAAGAGAAAGGAGCGGGAUAAGUUAUCAGUGGCAGAGCUGAAGGCUCUUGUGCAGAAACCUGAACUGGUUGAUUGGACAGAUACUUCGGCCUCGGAUCCACGAUUGCUCGUACAUAUCAAGUCCUACCGAAAUGUCGUCCCAGUUCCGAAUCAUUGGUCCUUGAAGCGCGAAUACCUUUCCUCGAAGCGUGGAGUAGAGAAGCCACCUUUCGCACUCCCGAAAUUCAUUCAAGAGACUGGAAUCGCAGAAAUGCGUGACGCUGUCUUGGAGAAACAGGAUCAAGCAAGUUUGAAGCAAAAACAGCGGGAAAGAGUCCAGCCUAAAAUGGGAAAAUUGGAUAUCGACUACCAGAAGUUAUAUGAAGCUUUCUUCAGGUUUCAAACAAAACCAGAGCUAACACGUUUCGGCGAGGUAUACUAUGAGGGCAAAGAAUAUGAGACAAAUUUGAAGCAUCUGCGACCUGGCGAGCUCAGCGAUGAGUUGAAGGAAGCCCUCAACAUCCCACCUGGAGCACCACCUCCAUGGUUGAUCAACCAACAAAGAUUUGGUCCUCCGCCUUCGUAUCCCUCACUAAAAGUUCCUGGAUUAAAUGCGCCCCCACCUCCCGGUGGCGCUUGGGGUUUCCAUCCUGGUGGUUAUGGAAAACCCCCAGUGGACGAGUUCAAUCGACCCCUCUUUGGUGGAGAUAUUUUUGGUGUUCUUCAACCUCAAGUUAACAAUCAAUUAGGUGAGCCUGUUGAACGGACUUUAUGGGGCGAACUUCAGGCACCAGAAGAUGAAUCGGAAGAGGAAGAUAGCGACGAGGACGAGGAAGAGGACGAUGAGGAGGAAGACGUCGGCACAGGUUUACAAACACCAAGCGGACUUGAGACGCCUGGUGGAUUGAACUCGACAGUUCCGUCUGAGUACCCAGGCGAUAUGAGUGUUGGUGGCGAUUUCGACCUCCGGAAACAGAAGCGAGGUACCGAGACAGAAGAGUCAACUCAUCCCAGAUCAGCAUAUACUGUCAUUCCCGAACGCCAAAUCCGCGCCGAGGGUUUCUUUGGUGGCGAGCGAGCAUAUGAUGUGCGCGGAGCUGCACAGAAUGCACAUCUACCAGUCCUGGGGCAGGAUGAUGAAAAUCGGAAGCGCAAGAAGCCUGGAGAUGUGGAUGUAGCGCUGGACCCAGACUCCUUACAGAACGAGGACGGCAUUAGCAAGGAAGAAGUGCGACGAAGAUUCGAAGCUCAGAAGAAAGAGGAGAAGGGCACUUGGGCAUUUGAAGAAGACUUAAGUGAUAUGAUUGCCCAGGAAAGCCGCAAACGACAGAAGCGGGAUGAAGAGAAGCGAGGGGAGAAGAAGGAGAGGAGUUAUCGAUUCUAAGAUUAGAAUUAAUUAGUGGAGGGAGAAAAUAAGCGCAUGCCGCAUGGCGUUCAUGAAGGGGCCAUCCUCAAGUUGUAUUUUUGAUUGAUUGUAUAUUAUUCAUCUUCCCACGUUAAUGAAGGAAGAUCUUUGCCACAAAUUCCGACAGUUUUUCGUCAGUGUAAUCUUGGCGAUAAGGUGCUCAAAG